ACUCAAGGAAGUCCCUCUUGGUUUUUGUUGGCGAGAAGCAGUUAGUUGUUGAAGGGCGUCUGCAGAAGCAAUGGUCCUUUUCAAUACAACUGGGGGUCAGAAUGGGACGCUCCAGGCGAUACCUGUGCAAAAUGCAGUGGCGUGCGUUGUCCUGGGUCUAGCCUGUUUGGUCGGAGUCCCGGGGAACUUGAUCGUGAUUGUGACAAUUCUCUGUAACGUUAAGCGGCGGUCUUCCACCAUCACCCUCAUUCUGUCCCUGGCUGUGGCCGACUUUGUGGUGCUGGUAACUUUGCCGUUUUGGAUUUACUUUCUGGCCGGUUCGUGGGUUUUUGGGAUCCAGCUGUGGCAACUGACGGUCUACCUCAUCUUCACAUCCAUGUACGCCAGCGUCUUCUUCAUUACUGUGCUGAGUGUGGAGCGCCUGGUGGCUGCACUCUACCCAUUCCGCAUUCAGAAAUGGUGGCAGAGGGCAGCAGUCAGAAACAUCGCUGCCUGCGUUUGGGUCCUGGCUUUACUUCUGGCGAUUCCUUCUGUGGCAGUUGAAAUCAAGUUGGAUGAAAAUGGACGGCCGUAUCAAAGAGCUUAUUCCUCUGAUCGGCACCAGAUGGGUCUCCUCCUGUUGGAAACCCUGGUGGGGUUCCUUAUUCCUUUCAUCACUCUGUCUGUCUCAUAUCUCAGUGCUUCUCAAAGAAUCAAACAAAUGGCCUCUCAGAGAAGAAGCAGAUCGGUGAAGCUCAUUGUAGGCAUCGUGCUGGCUUUUGCCAUUUGCUGGUUUCCUUAUCACACAGGAAACAUUGUUAAAAUCUCUUCACUCUUAGUGAAGAAUUCAAAUCCAGAACUCUCACAGAAACUGGACAAGGCUUACCAGUCAAUGAAAGAUGCAGCUGGGGCCCUGGCUUUCAUAAGCAGCUCCAUCAACCCCAUUCUUUAUGCAUUUGCUGCUGGGAACUUCAAGAAUGGAUUUAAAACUUCAAAUUUUGCAAAACUCUUUGAACAACUGAACAGCUUUAAGGAGAGAAUGGAGAAAGGGAUGAACGACUCGGAACGUCGAUCUGAAUCAAGAGUUUAACGGGGGACCCUUUUUGUUCUAGAAAUUAAGACAAUGUGACCAUGUAUUGUUUCCUUUUCUAGCUAAAAAAGAAG